CCAGGUAAGAAAGCCCUGGAAGUCAUAGACUUUAUCAUUACUUUUAAUCCUUAGGCCUAAUAUCACUCCUGGUACAUUUGUCUAAUGAUGGCGUUAGUUUCAAGAAAUAUAUCAUUUUCUAAUGCCCGAUUUGGUAAAUUUUUCCUCUUUAAUUGGUGUUCAUUGCCUCAAUGUCACAGACAAUACAUAUUUCUCGGAUUUUCUACUUUUAAUAACCUUAACCGGCCUUUAACGGGCAACGGAAAUAAGCUUCCAGAAAGAAAAUUACUUUCUUCUUUAACAGUUGGCUUCAGACAGUUUAGUGAGAAUGUGAAAACACAAGCCAAACGAGUACAACGAAGGAAGAUAGCACCGGAAGAUUCAACUUCGGAUAAAAGAGGUAUAGGAGCCUGUCAGGUCUCCGCUUAUGCAACAUGUGAGGAAUACAAUCUGGAAAAGAUCAAAGAGAAAUUGGUUGAACAAAAUGUGUACAAACCUAUUGAAUCCAUGGAGGAUCCUUUGUCGAAGGGUGGUGCUGAUGUUAUACAUGCGGUUGCCAACUACCCAGUGACUCCAGAGCCCCGGCAUAUAUUUUUCUUCAGAGAAGGAUCUGUUGUCUUCUGGAAUACACCGGAGUUGGAAUGUUUAAGUGUUCUGGAUUUCUUGAAGCGAUAUCAAAUAGGUUCGUAUAAGAAAGAUCUUAUCUUAAAUGAACGAGAACUCAUGACCUAUUCUUACACAACCACCGCCAAGAAGAGCCAGAUAAUCGCUAAUAACUUUUGCCUAAGCAAAGCACAAGGUAGAAGUAAUAUGGAGAUCGACCUGGAAAAAUUCACUCUUUCUAACGCCAUGUCUUUAUCUGUAAAACUAGCGCUAUGGGAAGCAUCUCUCAACCAGUACAUCGACUCGGUAGAAUAUGUGGUUGAAGAUCUGAAAUGUGGCAAGAAAUUGAGGAUUUCUCGUAAAGAGGUUACAUGCAAAACCGGGGAAUUGUUUGCCCUCCGCCACUCCAUUAAUCUAUCAUCAGAUCUUUUGGAUGUACCAGAUUUUUAUUGGGAAAACGACGAUCUUGAAACUCUUUAUUUGCAACUUUGUAACUACUUCAACAUCCCUCGGAGGACGAGAGUAAUGAAUGAGAAAUUGAACCACUGUAUGGAGCUAGUGGAGCUUCUAACCUCCCACCUCAGCGAUCGACAUCACGUGAGGCUUGAAUGGAUGAUAAUAGUGUUGAUUAUGAUUGAAGUCGUCAUUGAAAUUAUUCAUGCAUCUAAGUAGUUGUGGCUACCGUUUAACAGAAGACUGGAAUCAAGGCUACUAGUUAGGAUAAAAUGUGUAUUGUGACUACUGCUAAAGGAAAUUCCUGAACUCGCUUAAUAGGACCUAUAUCAGUUUAUAUCAAGCUAAAGAUGUAGGUUCGCCUAGCCUAUUAUUAUAAAUCUAGGCUAUGUAGCCUUUGGCGAUUCCAAUUUGUUAGUAGGUUAAUAACUUUAAAUAUCACAUUUAGCUUAGUCUAUUUAAUAUUUCAACUACUGUUGCCUUUUCAACUUUGGUAUGAACUAAGUUACCGUUUGGCUACAUUAAGCUAUGUAUGUUUCAUAGUGAUAAUUGUCCUCAUUAUCCAGAUACAUUUUUUUAAUGAUGAUUGUUCUUUAUAUUAUUAAAUAUUUGCAAGUUUAAAGAUACCUAGGCCUGUAAUAUACAGUAGACUCCCUCUUAUCCGGGCUCCUCGGGACCGAGGCCAGUCCAGAUAAUGGGUUUUCUGGUUAAACCGACGUCCCCAAAAUCUCGUUAAAACGGACUGUUUAAAUGCAUAUAAGUUACUCUAUACAGUAUUUGACUUAAAAUUAGGAGAGCAUUGUAUUUAGAAACUGGUCUCAAAUCUUUCCCACAACAACAGUCGUUUCAGUACCGCCCACUUCCUGUCGAUCUAAGUUAGUCCGGUUAAACCUAGCCUAUUUGCUGAUUAAAAUUAUCCGGAUAAAGAGAUGUCACUUCUACCGAGAGUAGUCCGGUUAAAAGGUGUCCACAUAAGAGGGAGUCUACAGUAACCUUAAAAAUUAUUUUGCGACACCCAAAUGGAUUCUUUCUUAUAAAAAACGAGGUUGAUAAAUUAUUUAAAAUAAGUUUCCUUAGGCUACAUACUUUUAUUUUUUGUAUUGUUGAAUUUAUUGGUUUAAAAAUUGAUUUUUAAUUUAUAUUC